AUGACUGAUCCAAGACAUCCCAAUCCAAGACAUCCAGAUUACGAGACGGGAAUCACGGAUGAGGCGGCAAUCGAGGGCCACGACCUGAUUGCGCGAGCUGAGGAGGAGGAGGAGAGAGUAUGCCGCGCUCCAAAUAGUUCAACAACUGGUCGGGUUUUAGCUAACAAUGUGAUUCAGAUGCAUCCAGACAAGCCGGAGCCGGCGAUGCCAGUAUCAAACCCAGCUGCUGGGGAGCCUGCUGCGGAGCAGGCCAAGCAUGGGAAGAAGGAGUCAACAAUGGACAAGGUCAAGCACGCGUUGCAUUUAGACAAGUAA